GUAAAGAAUAUCAGGUUGCUUGGGGAAAUGGAGCAAGCAGAUCUUUAAGAACUGGUUGGUGCCGCGUGUCCUCCCAGCACCACCCCUAGAAGUCGGCAAAAUGAGGAGGCCGCGCACAUGGUUAUGACACCAUGAAGAGCUACCAUGGGGAGCGCAGCCAGUCACGGGAACACCCUUGCCACUGCAUCCCAGAGGCCUGCGACCAGCCAAUGGAAUACAUCCACCAUAACCAGGAAUCUCGCCAGCCAUACCUUCUCAGUCCCAGUGAGCCGUGUUCCUUGGACCACUAUUGCCCAUCCCGGAGCUCCGGCGAGCCACCACUCAGCCUAACGGAACCCCUGUCGGCCGCCAGCAGCAGCAGCACCUUUCCAAGGAUGCACCACACACCACAGCAGUACGACUCCUGCGACGAGUGCAUGGCGGCCGCCCACCCUUCCGGCAAGAUCAACCGGCUGCCUCCAACCCUCCUCGACCAGUUCGAGAAGCAGCUGCCCCUCCACCACGACGGCUUCCACACCCUGCAGUACCAGCGCGCCAGCAGCACGGAGCAGCCACGCAGCGAGAGCCCCAGCCGCAUCCGGCACCUCGUCCACUCAGUCCAGAAACUCUUCGCCAAGUCACAUUCCCUGGAAGCCCCAUCCAAGCGGGAGUACAACGGCACCAAGAUGGAAGGUCGGGGAGGUGAUGGGGCGUACCAUCACCACCACCCUCACCACCACCACCGCCAGUCACGCCAUGGCAAGCGCAGCAAAAGCAAAGACCGCAAGCUAGACUCCUCCUCCUCUUCCCGCCACCGGAACAAGAUGAUGGGCUGGUGGAGCUCAGAUGACAACUUGGACAGUGACAGCAGCUACAUGGUGUCUGGGAGGCAACACGCUGUUGACCAGGCGACCCAGUACUGUGUGGAUGCUCCAGAAAGUGCCUUCAGAGAUUUGACCUUGAAGAGUCUGAAGGGUGGAGGUGGGGAGGGGAAAUGCUUAGCCUGCGCUGGUAUGUCCAUGUCCCUGGAUGGCCAGACUCUCAAGAGGAGUUCCUGGCACACCAUGACAGUCAGCCAGGCACGGGAAGCCUAUCCCAGCUCUGGAGGAGGCCAGGAGAAAGCCUUGAUGCUCCAAGAAUCAAAAGCCAAGGAUCGGUCUUACCAUUAUCUUCAGGUGCCCCAAGAUGACUGGGGAGGAUACCCGGCAUCAGGGAAGGAUGGCGAGAUCCCCUGUCGACGGAUGCGGAGUGGCAGCUACAUCAAGGCCAUGGGAGAUGAUGACAGUGGAGACUCAGACACCAGCACCAAGGUGUCACCCAAGGGGGCAACCCGGCGAGAUGGGUACCGCCGUUCCUCCAGUGUAGACCAGCCCAGAACCAAGUUUGCGAGUAGGCACUAUUCUGACUCAUAUAUCUGUAACUGUCCCAGCUGCUGCACAUCACCCCGAAUCCGGCCACGGGGACAGGGCUACGGACGGUCCUUCACCACUGGGCAGAUUAAUGAAGAGUUGAACCACCAGUUUGAGGCUGUGUGUGAGUCGGUUUUCGGAGAGGUGGAGUCACAAGCCGUGGAGGCCCUGGACCUGCCCGGUUGCUUCCGCAUGCGCAGCCACAGUUACCUGAGGGCUAUUCAAGCUGGCUGCUCUCAGGAUGAUGACUGCCUCUCGCUCUUCACCAUGGCAACGACUACUCACCAGCCUGGCCAACCCCUCACCAGCAGCAUCCUCAAGCCAAGCACCUCCUUCAGUUACAGGAAAGCUCCACCUCCCCUCCCUGCAGGAAUCAAAGCCAAGCCCCUCAUCUCUGUCACAACACAAAGCAGCACCGAGUCUCCCCAUGACAGCUUCCUUCCCAGAGAGGUAGCCAGAAGUCCAUCAUGGUCCAAAGAGACUGCCAAGCGCUGCAAUUCCACCGAGAGCUUGGAAAGCACCAAGAUCACCGCCAUGUCCUUAGACUUGCCUUCCAUCCAGCCCAGGACCUCCCCUAAGCCCUCCACUCUCAUCAUAAGGACAAUUCCAGGGAGGGAGGAGCUGAGAAGUUUGGCACGGCAAAGGAAAUGGCGACCGUCUAUUGGAGUUCAGGUGGAAACCAUCUCUGAUUCUGACACAGAAAGCAGGAACCGCCGGGAGUUCCAUUCCAUCGGAGUACAAGUGGAAGAAGAUAAAAGGCGAGCUCGGUUCAAACGAUCCAACAGCGUGACAGCUGGUGUGCAGGCUGACCUAGAACUGGAAGGCCUGGCUGGGUUGACAGUGGCCACAGAGGAUAAGGCCCUUCAGUUUGGCCGCUCCUUCCAGCGGCACACCUCCGAGCCAGAGUCUACCCGGCAGUACUCAGUAUACAAGACGGUGCAUACGCAGGGCCAGUGGGCCUACCGGGAAGACUACCAGAUGCAGUACGACACCGUGGAAGUGCCACGUCAGGACUCUUGGAUGGACAGAGGUUCGCGCAGCUUGCCCGAUUCUGGCCGAGCAUCACCUUGCCACCGGGAUGGCGAGUGGUUCAUUAAGCUCUUGCAGGCAGAGGUGGAGAAGAUGGAAAGCUGGUGCCAGCAGAUGGAACUGGAAGCUGAAGAUUAUGAUCUGCCUGAAGAGAUCCUUGAGAAGAUCCGUAGCGCGGUGGGAAGCGCCCAGCUCCUAAUGUCUCAGAAAGUACAGCAGUUUUACCGACUCUGCCAGCAGAACAUGGACCCAAAUGCGUUCCCCAUGCCCACCUUCCAGGACCUGGCUGGAUUCUGGGACCUCCUGCAGCUCUCCAUUGAGGAUGUUAGCAUGAAGUUUGCGGAACUUCAUCAGCUCAAAGCCAAUGGGUGGAAGCCCCUUGAGCCCAAGGAGGAAAAGAAGGUGCCUCCACCGAUACCAAAGAAACCACCACGUUCCCGGCUGCACCCGGUGAAGGACCGUUCCCUGGACUCCGUGGACCGGCAACGGCAGGAGGCCCGCAAGAGGCUCCUAGCAGCCAAGCGGGCUGCCUCUUUUCGCCAGAGCUCUGCCACCGAGAGCGCGGACAGCAUUGAGAUCUACAUCCCGGAGGCCCAGACCAGACUGUGAGGGCGGGGGAGGGGGCAGCUUUUCUAACCAACCUGUCCAUGCAGAAUGCACAGCGCACUGUGAUCUGCGGGGUGUGCCCCACCAUCUCUCUGGGAGGGCGACACUCAGCCCCAUCACGGUCUCUAAAC